AUGAACCAUUCUCAAAGACUACUAUAUCCUUUGAGAAUUAGCAGAUUACUUCCGCGUUCAGUUAUUCAGCAUAAAUGUGUCUGUUAUAAAUCAACUACGUCCAAAAGUCGUGAUUCGAAGAAACCAAGUAAGGCUUCCCUUCCAUCAACUUUAAAUCUCAAUACGAGUGUGAUUCCAUCCGAUUCGAUGAUCUUCAAUAAACUUAAACCUAUAAUACCUAGUGACUUAUACGUUUCAUGUACAAUUUUUGAUCGACUAGGUAAUAUUACAGCCGUUUCUAAAAAAUAUCCCAAGAUGCAAUUCUUGAAAGAUAAUCAUCUAUUCCCUAGAGAUUUGAGAAAAAUUGAUACAUCAGCAAUUGAUGUGGUCCCGGUUAUUAUGAUCCGCCCUUCAAAUGCUAUAUUGGUCAAUUUAUUAUACAUAAAAGCUAUUAUAAAGAAGGAUAGUGUAAUGGUAUUUGAUACUUCGAAUAGCGAAGUGGCGACAAAAUUGGGGAUCUUCAUGUAUGAUUUAGAAUUGAAAUUACAAUCUCCAAUAAGUAACAUCUGUUAUGAAUUCAGAGCAUUGGAAUCGAUUUUGGUUAGUAUAAUGAGUUAUUUAGAAGCAGAAAUAAAAUUGCACCGAAGACAAUGUGGGAUUAUAUUGGCUGAAUUGGAAGACGAAGUUGAUCGUCAGAAAUUACAAGAGUUGUUGAUCAAUCUGAAAAAAUUGUCAAGUUUCCAUCAAAGAGCUAUAUUGAUUCGUGAUGUAUUGGAGGAGUUAUUGGAGAAUGAUGAAGAUCUUGCAGGAAUGUAUUUGACCGACCCGAAGGAGUUUAAACCAGAAGAAGAAAACUAUGAUGAAAUUGAACUGAUUUUGGAGAGUUAUUAUAGACAGUGUGAUGAGUUUGUACAACAAGCAGGUAGUUUAUUAAAUGAUAUUAAAGCAACUGAAGAGAUCGUGAAUAUUAUCCUUGAUGCAAAUAGAAAUUCAUUGAUGUUGUUUGAAUUAAAGAUUACGGUUUAUACUUUAGGUUUUACUGUUGCCACUUUAUUGCCAGCAUUUUAUGGUAUGAAUUUAAAGAAUUAUAUUGAGGAAUCAAAUUGGGGUUUUGGAAUGGUUGUUGUGUUCUCAAUUGUUCAAGGUUUGGCCAUAACAUGGUUGAAUUUCAAGAAAUUGCACAAAGUUCAAAAAUUAACUAUGAUGGGAGCAGCAAAUCAAUCAAAGAUUAGUAAUGUACAGCCUUCAUCAUCACAGGCAAAAAACCAUACGGAGAGAUGGAAACGUGGUUCUUUCUUGUACCGCUUGUUUUAUGGAUCUGGGGGUAAAUACUCCAAGAGAAAUAAGAACUUUGAUAGACCUACUAAUAGAGAGAAAGACGCUAUAUGGAGAAUGAUUAAUGAUGAUAAAACAAAUAAUUUUUAA